AUGUCGCUCGUGGGUCUCAGCAACCUAUCAAGGUCAUUUAUUAGAGUGAAGGGCCCCGAUGCAUCGAAGUUUCUAAAUGGUCUAGUCACCACCCGCCUACUUCCUAAUGUGGUCAAGAAAAAACAGCACACUAUCUCUGCCAAUGAAGAUAAGCACUUGAAGCUUGCCGAAGUGGUCAAUCUCCUGGAAAAUUGGGGUCUCAUGCAUGAGGACAUCUAUGACCCGGAAAACCACAUCUUCGUCAGAAGAGACGGUCUCUACCUGAUGUUUCUCAACUCCAAGGGAAGAGUAGUUAAUGACUGUUUCCAAUAUGCAUUUCCUUACCAUACUUCGACUGACACGCUUCAGGUUGCCUAUGACGAAGGUCCAAAUUACUUGCUUGAACUCAGUCCUAAACAUUCACGGCCACUCUUAUCAUUACUCAAGAUCCACAAGCUUAGUGCCAAAGUGAAGAUUGAAACCAGCGAGAGCUACUCCUACUACUAUUUCAACGAUACACCAGAAUUUGAGGAGUGGCUCGAUAAAAUUCAAUCGAAGUAUAUGGCUACCUUGGAUCCGGCAUCUGCAUUGGAUGCAGCAAACCAGUUUAUUGCCAGCCAGGAGUUUAUUUCACAGGCUCUUGCCAAAAAUGUAGUUGGCCUUGCGAUCGACAAUAGAAUUCCAGGCUUUGGGGUGAAGAUCGUCACGGAUAUAAAAGUUGAAGACCCAGUAGCACUUUUAUCAGACGAAUUCAAGAAUAAUUUCGAGGUGAAGGAGGUACCAGAAGAGCUUGUUACACAUAGAAGAUACGUGAAUGGAUUAUUUGAGACCGGAGAUGCUCCAGCAGGUACGACUAUGCUCCCUUUUGAGGCUAACUUGGACUACGUCAAUGGACUUUCGCUCGAAAAGGGCUGCUAUAUUGGCCAGGAGCUCACGAUCAGGACAUUUAAUGGAGGCGUGAUUCGUAAGCGUGUUGUUCCGGUGACAUUUUCUGGCCCUGACAAUGUGAGUGAGCUUCUUGCCGGUGUUGAUGUUUCUAACAUUGACAUUUCCCGUGUGUCCGAGCAGAAAGAGCAGAAAAGUGAGCAAAAGAGUGCACCAUCUCCAUUUGCAAACACUGCAUCGUCUCCUUUUGGCAGCUCAGGCAAAGUUUCACGCAGAGGAAAACUAGGAAAGAUCCUCUCAAUUGAUGGAAACGAUGGUUUCAUGCUUGCGACUGUAAGUGAUGUGGAACAGGAUAGUAUGUUCAAAUUUGAGGUAGAUGGAGUGACUGUGAUUGUUGAAGCCCACAUUCCCGAAUGGUGGCCGGAAUAG